AUGCAUAUGCUACUGACCCUGUUGUUGGUGAUUGCAAUAUUGGCAAGUGUAGGAUCAACUGUAAUUGAUGACGAAGCCCUUCCCGGGUGCAAAAACACUUGCGGAAAUGUUUCAAUUCCAUAUCCAUUUGGCAUAGGCGUAUCAACUGUCACAAGUGAAAACUGUUUCUUGGAGGAAGAAUUGCAACUCAGGUGCGACAACAAGUCUACUUUAUACCGCGGUAACGACAGUAACGUUCAGAUUUUGAACAUAACCCUCCAAGGUCAAAUGGACAUGUUAUUUUCCGUCUCCAAGUUUUGCAAAUUAGGAUCUCAUACUUUACCAGAAACAAGAAUAAAAACACUAUCUGAUAUAAAAAAAACACAAGGUAAUGAACAGAUGCUUAGUACUCCAGCUUUCACCAUUUCUAGCGAGCAUAACAAGUUUAUUAGUGUAGGAUGUGACACUUACGGCUAUCUCAAUAGUUUUCGUGACGGUAAUAAGUAUUCAACCGGGUGCUUAACAAGAUGUAAUAGCAAUUAUAUCAUAGGUGAUGAUAUGCUAAGCGAUGGAAACUGCACGGGGAUAGGGUGUUGCCAGGUUGAUAUUCCUCCAAGAAUGAACAAUAUUAGUUUACAAACAUUUAGCUUUAACAAUUUCAGUGACUCUUCGGAGUUCGACAAUUGCAGCUCUUCCUUUGUUGUCAAAAAUGGUUACUAUAAAUUCUCUCUGAGUGAUUUAAAGGAUUCCCCACACGAGGAACUUCCCUUAGUAGUUGAUUGGGCUGUUGGAAAUGGCACGUGUGAAAAUUCAAGGAGGGAAGCCAACAAUGCAUGCAAGAAGAAUAGCGAUUGUGAGGACUCGGCCACUGGAUAUGGUUACCGAUGCAAAUGUAAACAAGGUUAUGAGGGAAACCCGUAUCUUCCUGCUGGUUGCCAAGAUAUUGAUGAAUGUAAGACAUCAAACAAUACAUGCCUAAGUGAAAAUAAUUGUCACAACACCGAUGGGUCUUACAAAUGUUUCUGUCCUAAGGGGAAAUAUGGAGAUGGAACAAAGGACGGAGGGUGCCACCGACGAAAUAUAGUUACCCAGGUUGUCAUUGGAACAGGUGCAGGAUUCAUGGUUCUAAUUGUGGGAAUUUCCUCACUGUACUUAAUAUACGAGAAAAGGAAACUCGUCAAACUGAAGGAGAAGUUCUUUAAGCAAAAUGGGGGUAUCAUUUUGCAACAACGACUCUCUGCAGGAGAAAACACUUCUCAAUCUACUACAGUGUUCUCAGCAGAGGAACUUAAGAAGGCCACCAACAAUUAUGAUGAGAGCUUAAUCAUCGGCAGAGGAGGUUAUGGUACUGUUUACAAAGGAAUUUUGUCAGAUAAGAGAAUUGUUGCCAUCAAGAAGUCCAAAAUUGUGGAUCAGAGCCAAAUUGAGCAAUUCAUAAACGAGGUGAUUGUGCUAUCACAAAUUAAUCACAGGAAUGUGGUCAAACUCUUGGGUUGUUGUUUAGAGACAGAAGUUCCUUCACUGGUUUAUGAAUUUGUUAACAAUGGUACCCUUUUUGAUUAUAUACACAAAGAAGGCAAGGCAGGUAAUGUAUCUUGGAAAACAAGGCUAAGGAUAGCAGCAGAGGCUGCAGGGGCUCUAUCAUAUCUGCACUCAGCUGCUUCUAUACCCAUUAUACAUAGAGAUGUAAAGACUGCAAACAUUCUCUUGGAUGACACUUACACUACUAAAGUGUCUGAUUUUGGAGCAUCAAGAUUGGUUCCUCUUGAUCAAACUGAAUUAGCCACAUUGGUGCAAGGAACUCUUGGUUAUUUGGACCCAGAGUACAUGCAAACAAGCCAACUUACUCAGAAAAGUGAUGUGUAUAGCUUCGGAGUAGUGCUUGUAGAGCUGCUUACAGGGGAAAAACCUCUUUGUUUUGACAGGUCAGAAGAGAAAAGAAGUCUUGCUAUGCACUUUCUAUCUUGCUUGCGAGAGGAUCGCUUGUUUGAGGUUCUUCAAUUUGGCAUUUUGAAUGUAGAAAAUAAGGAGGAGAUCAAGGAGGUUGCUAUUCUUGCCACAAAGUGCUUGAGACUAAGAGGGGAUGAGAGGCCUAGCAUGAAAGAAGUGGCAAUGGAGUUGGAGGGGAUAAGGCUAAUGGAAAAGCAUCCAUGGAUCAACACAGAUAUGAGUCUAGAUGAGACUCAUUACUUGCUUCAUGAGGCAUCAUCUAGCAUUCAUGAACAUGGUGAUAUUGACGAAGCCCUUCCCGGGUGUAAAAACACUUGCGGAAAUGUUUCAAUUCCAUAUCCAUUUGGCAUAGGCGUAUCAACUGUCACCGAUCGCAACUGUUCCUUGGAGGAAGAAUUGCAACUUUGGUGCAACAAGUCUACUUCUACUUUAUACCACGGUAACGUUCAAAUUUUGAGCAUAACCCUCCAAGGUCAAAUGGACAUGUCAUUUUUCGUCUCCAAGGUUUGCAAAAAAGGAUUUGAUAGAAACAUGACAUUCGGUAAUAAACCCGGACUUAGAACUCCAGCUUUCACCAUUUCUAGCGAGCAUAACAAGUUUGUAAGUGUAGGAUGUGACACUUACGGCUAUCUCAAUAGUUUUCGUGACGGUGAAAAUUAUUCAACGGGGUGCUUAACAAGAUGUAAUAGCAAAGUUGAUAUGCAAAGCGAUGGAAACUGCACGGGGAUAGGGUGUUGCCAGGUUGAUAUUCCUCCUGGAAUGAAGAAUAUUACCUUACAAGCAUUUAGCUAUAACAAUUUCAAUGACUCUUCCGAAUUCAACAAUUGCAGCUCUUCCUUUGUUGUCAAAAAAGGUUACUAUAAUUUCUCUGUGAGUCAUUUAAAGGAUUUCCCAUACAAGGAAGUUCCCUUAGUAGUUGAUUGGGCUGUUGGAAAUGACACGUGUGAAAAUUCAAGGAGGGAACACAACAAUUCAUGCAAGAAGAAUAGCGAUUGUGAGGAUUCGGCCACUGGAUAUGGUUACCGAUGCAAAUGUAAACGAGGUUAUGAGGGAAACCCAUUUCUUCCUGAUGGUUGCCGAGACAUUGAGGAAUGUAAGAAUGGUUCACAUGACUGCAUAAGCGAUCAAAAUUGUCGUGAAACAGAAGGGAGUUUUGAAUGUUUCUGCCCUGAUGGACAAUUCGGAAAUGGAAAAAGGGAAGGUGGAGGAUGCCAAAAAAAGCGAGACGAUACACUUACCAAGAUUCUCAUUGGUGCAGGUGCAGGAUUAAUGGCUCUAUUUAUGGUGACUUCUUGGCUAUACCUUAUAUUCCAGAAAAGGAAACUCAUCAAACUGAAAGAGAAGUUCUUUAAGCAAAAUGGGGGUAUCAUUCUGCAACAGCGACUCUCUGCAGGAGAAAACACUUCUCAAUCUACCACAUUGUUCACAGCAGAGCAACUUAAGAAGGCCACCAACAAUUAUGAUGAGAGUUUAAUCAUCGGCAGAGGAGGUUAUGGUACUGUUUACAAAGGAUUUUUGUCAGAUAAGAGUAUUGUUGCCAUCAAGAAGUCCAAAAUUGUAGAUCAGAGCCAAAUUGAGCAAUUCAUAAACGAGGUGAUUGUGCUAUCACAAAUUAAUCAUAGGAAUGUGGUCAAACUCUUGGGUUGUUGUUUAGAGACAGAAGUUCCUUCACUGGUUUAUGAAUUUGUUAACAAUGGUACCCUUUUUGAUUAUAUACACAAAGAAGGCAAGUCAGGUAAUGUAUCUUGGAAAACAAGGCUAAGGAUAGCAGCAGAGGCUGCAGGGGCUCUAUCAUAUCUGCACUCAGCUGCUUCUAUACCCAUUAUACAUAGAGAUGUAAAGACUGCCAACAUUCUCUUGGAUGACACUUACACUACUAAAGUGUCAGAUUUUGGAGCAUCAAGAUUGGUUCCUCUUGAUCAAACUGAAUUAGCCACAUUGGUGCAAGGAACUCUUGGUUAUUUGGACCCAGAGUACAUGCAAACAAGCCAACUUACUCAGAAAAGUGAUGUGUAUAGCUUUGGAGUAGUGCUUGCAGAGCUUCUAACAGGGGAGAAACCUCUUGGUUUUGACAGGCCAGAAGAGAAAAGAAGUCUUGCGAUGCACUUUCUGUCUUGCUUGACAGAGGAUUGCAUGUUUGAAAUCCUUCAAGUUGGGGUUUUGAAUGAAGGAAAUAAGGAGGAGAUCAAGGAGGUUGCUAUUCUUGCAACAAAGUGCUUGAGACUAAGAGGGGAGGAGAGGCCUAGCAUGAAAGAAGUGGCAAUGGAGUUGGAGGGAAUAAGGCUAAUGGAAAAGCAACCAUGGAUCAACACGGACGUGAAUCUAGAAGAGACUCAUUACUUGCAUCAUGAGGCAUCAUCUAGCAUUCAAGAACAUGGUGAUAGCAGCAGCCAUCAAAAUACUGGGUAUGACAGCAUCAAAGAUCGUGUACACAUUGACUUCGAUGAUGCAAGAUGA